GUGAAUUAUGUAUACAACUGUUUUUAAAAAAUAUAUUAUGCUUACUUGUUUGAUAAGAAAUUGAUACAUUGUAUUAUUGAGUUGUGCUAUAAUUCUGCCUCUGUAUAGUCCCUAUAUAAACAUUCCGUUAGCAAAUUAGAAAGUAUAGUAGCUUUAAUUGACAGUGGGGGAUAUGGGGAAUAUUAAGUUUUUGUUGUUAGUGUUUUUUCUAAUAGUAGUUGUGGUGAAUGGUUGUUGGGAGGAAGAGAGAAAUGCUCUCUUGGAGCUGCAAACAAAUAUAAUGAGUUCGAAUGGCGAAUUGUUGGUUGAUUGGGCUGGUUACAAUGCGGCUCAUUUUGUAGAUUGUUGUUUUUGGGAUAGGGUAAAAUGCAGCUUAGAAACAGGUCGAGUUAUCAAACUCGAUCUCGAAGCAGAUUUUGGUACAGGCGAUGGUUGGCUAUUCAAUGCCUCUCUCUUUCUUCCAUUCAAGUCUCUGCAAGUUCUUUUAUUGUCUUCCCAAAAUAUUAUAGGAUGGACAAAAAAUGAAGGGUUCAGUAAGCUAAGACAGCUUCCCAACCUGAAAGAAGUCGAUUUGCAAUAUAAUCCGAUAGAUCCUAAAGUUUUACUAUCAUCUUUAUGUUGGAUUUCAUCUCUUGAGGUUUUAAAACUUGGUGUAGAUGUUGAUACCUCAUUCAGCAUACCGAUGACAUAUAAUACUAAUAUGAUGAGUAAGAAAUGUGGAGGACUAAGUAAUUUAAGAGAACUCUGGUUUGAAGGCUAUGAAAUCAAUGACAUCAAUAUCCUUUCUGCAUUGGGUGAACUCAGGAAUUUAGAGAAACUCAUUUUGGAUGAUAAUAACUUCAAUUCCACCAUCUUUUCGUCACUCAAGAUUUUUCCGUCUCUCAAGCAUCUCAAUCUCGCUGCCAAUGAAAUAAAUGGAAAUGUCGAAAUGAAUGAUAUAAUUGAUUUGAGCAAUUUGGAAUAUCUGGAUCUCUCGGAUAACAAUAUACACAGCUUUGCGACUACCAAAGGUAACAAAAAAAUGACUUCUCUGCGGAGUUUACUAUUGGGAAGUUCCUACUCCAACUCGAGCAGAGUCAUACGAUCCCUAAAAUCUUUCUCAUCUCUUAAAUCACUUUCCUAUAAAAAUAGUAAUCUCACUUCUCCCAGCAUAAUUUACGCAUUAAGAAAUCUGAGCACGGUGGAGUACCUAUACUUUAAGGGAUCUUCUUUAAAUGACAACUUUCUCCCAAACAUUGGACAAAUGACUUCUCUUAAAGUGUUGAAUAUGCCUUCUGGUGGAAAUAAUGGCACCCUCCCUAAUCAAGGUUGGUGUGAACUCAAAUACAUUGAAGAGCUGGAUUUUUUAAACAAUAAUUUUGUGGGAACAUUGCCUUUGUGUCUUGGAAACUUGACAUCCCUUCGAUGGUUGAGUUUGGCUGGGAAUAACUUACAUGGAAAUAUAGCGUCACAUUCUAUUUGGAGGAGACUCACAUCACUUGAGUACUUGGAUAUUGCGGAUAACCAAUUUGAUGUUCCUCUGUCAUUCAGCCAAUUUUCUGACCAUAAAAAAUUGAUCUACUUGAAUGUUGGUUAUAAUACAAUAAUUACAGACACCGAAUACCAAAAUUGGAUUCCAAAUUUCCAGUUGGAGUUUUUUGCUAUCCAAAGAUGUAUAGCUCUUCAAAAAUUGCCUUCUUUCCUUCACUACCAAUAUGACUUGAGGAUUCUUGCUAUCGAAGGAAAUCAAUUGCAAGGAAAGUUCCCGACAUGGUUGUUAGAAAAUAACACCAGACUUGCAGCGAUCUAUGGUAGAGAUAAUGCUUUCAGCGGACCACUCAAGUUGCCAUCGAGUGUUCACCUCCAUCUAGAGGCGGUUGAUGUCUCUAAUAAUAAACUAAAUGGACAUAUUCCACAAAAUAUGAGUUUAGCCUUCCCAAAGCUUCUCAGUUUGAACAUGUCACACAAUCAUCUUGAAGGUCCUAUACCUUCCAAGAUUAGUGGUAUUUAUUUAACAAUUCUCGACUUAUCUGUCAAUUUCUUGUCUGGAGAAGUUCCUGGUGAUCUGGCAGUUGUUGAUUCUCCACAAUUGUUUUACCUUCGGUUGUCAAACAACAAGCUUAAAGGAAAAAUAUUUUCGGAGGAGUUCAGACCACAUGUAUUAUCCUUUUUGUACUUGAAUGAUAAUAACUUUGAAGGUGCAUUACCUAGUAAUGUUUUUCUCAGCUCCCUUAUUACACUGGAUGCUAGCAGGAAUAAUUUCUCCGGAGAAAUUCCAGGAUGCACUAGGGAUAACAGAAGAUUGUUACAACUUGAUUUGUCCAAAAAUCAUCUCCAAGGUUUGAUUCCAGUUGAGAUUUGCAAUUUGAAGAUUAUUAAUGUCUUAGCUAUAUCUGAAAACAAGAUUUCAGGAUCGAUACCAUCUUGUGUGAGUUCUUUACCUCUCAAACACAUCCAUCUACAGAAAAAUCAAUUGGGUGGUGAAUUGGGGCAUGUAAUUUUUAACUUCUCUUCUCUGAUAACUUUGGAUCUUCGCUACAACAAUUUUGCAGGGAAUAUCCCAUACACCAUAGGCUCACUUAGUAAUCUGAAUUACCUUCUCCUUAGCAAUAACAAAUUGGAAGGAGAUAUUCCAACUCAGAUUUGUAUGCUGAACAAUUUAUCUAUCGUGGAUUUAUCUUUCAAUAAGCUUUAUGGUCCACUCCCUCCUUGUUUGGGUUACUUAACACAAACCAAAAAGGAUGCAGAGAUAAGUUGGACUUAUUUUGCUGAGAAUUAUAGGGGUUCAUGGUUAAAUUUUGUGAUCUGGAUGCGUUCGAAAAGGCAUUAUCACGAUAGUCAUGGACUUCUAAGUGACUUGUUUUUGAUGGAUGUGGAAACUCAGGUCCAGUUUUCAACCAAAAAAAACUCAUACACUUAUAAGGGAAACAUUCUAAAAUAUAUGUCAGGUAUUGAUCUCUCAAGUAAUAGAUUGACAGGUGAAAUUCCUGUUGAGUUAGGGAACAUGAGCAAUAUACAUGCAUUGAAUCUAUCACACAACCAUCUCAACGGAAGAAUACCAAAUACCUUCUCCAAUCUACAGGAAAUUGAGAGCUUAGACCUUUCCUGCAACAGAUUGAAUGGGAGCAUUCCUGUUGGUCUACUUGAGCUAAAUUCUUUGGCAGUAUUCAGUGUUGCAUACAAUAACUUAUCGGGUGCAGUGCCUGAUUUUAAAGCUCAAUUUGGAACUUUCAACAAAAGCAGCUACGAGGGAAAUCCUUUUCUUUGCGGUUAUCCAUUAGAUAACAAGUGUGGGAUGAGUCCUAAAUUGUCAAAUACCUCCAACAUUAAUGGAGAUGAAGAAUCAUCAGAGUUGGAGGAUAUUCAGUGUUUUUACAUUGGCUUUGUUGUGUCUUUUGGAGCUAUCUUGUUGGGAUUAGCUGCAGCGCUCUGCUUGAAUCGUCAUUGGAGAAGAGCAUGGUUUAGGAUGAUAGAGGCAUUGAUGUUUUAUUGUUACUAUUUUGUGUUGGACAACAUUGUUACACCCAUCAAGAGUAGAUGGUACAAGAAUGUUGGUUAGGUAUUGUUGUAUGUCUAUUCGAUCACUAUUAUUAUGUUGUGAUACUCUUUUAUCAAUAUAAAAAUCCAAUCGAUGUUGUUACAA